AUGUCGGAGAACCACGAUAACCCAGCUCCCCGCGCGGCGCCUCUGCCCAAGAGGACCCUCGCCCCGCGCGUCUCGAGACCGAAGCCGAUCCAGGCGGGCAACGAAGAAGCCGGCUCCACCCUUAACUUGGGCGAGUUCCAGGAUGUCGAUACCCUCACCCUGUCGGAAGCUGCCCUUGUCAUCAACGCCUUGGUUGCCAAGCGGCGGGCGGACAGACGCAACGUAAACGAGACCGAGAUGCUCCAACAGACCCUCGGCUACCUCGACAACUUUGCGCGUUUCACGAGGAAGGAGAAUGUUGAGGCCGUCGAGCGCCUUCUUAGUUCUUGCGCCCAACUCUCUAAGUUCGAGAGGGCUCAGCUCGGCUCGCUCUGCUGCGAGUAUGCGGAAGAGGCGAAGACCUUGAUCCCUUCUCUUCAGGACAAGAUUAGCGAUGAUGAACUUCAGCAUCUGCUCGACGAGAUCUCGAACCUUCAGGCGAAGUAA